AUGUCGGGUACCCGACGACUCGCCACCAUUCUAGCAGUGGUGGCGGCCAUCUCGCUGCUCCCUCUGGUGCUGCUGCGGUCGGGCGAGCCGUCCGAGCCGCUGCCGGCCACCCUGCGACCUCGCCCGCGUCCGGCUAGGCCGACAUCGGGUACGACGGUGGCACCACGCCCGACACCACGCCCGACACCCACGGCUUCACACUUGCCGCCACCGGCGCGGCGUGUCCGCUCGCCGCCUCCGCCGGGUGCGCCGCCGUCGCCGCCGUACGGUGCAGUCCUCUCUGAGGCCGCGGCGUCGGCCGCUCAGGAGACGGCCUGCGCCAAGUCCACGGCUGCCGCCCGUCCGGUUGCAAGCUGGCCGACGGACGCCGACACCAUGCCGAUGGCGCGCAUCCGCCUCUCGUGGCCGAUGUUUGAGCCAAAGAAGAGCCCGGCAUGGCUUCGACCGUCGGAGGAUGCUCGCGUCGACGCCGCGGCCUUUGCGCCUGGCGCCGGCUGGCGGCUCGACGUCCUGCUCGAUGCGCUCGACAGCUCGGACCCAGAGGUUAUCACUCGUCCGCUCCGUGCGUAUCCCGUCAAUGGCGCCCGCUUUGCUUUUCCUCACGCUGCCGCCUUUCUGCCAACCGUCGACUCGCCUGCCGCUGCUAUGGCAUCGCGCGAGCUGCUUGACUUUGUCCGAGUGCUGUUCUCCGGCGCGCCGGUGGCGAGCCCGGCCCGCGACGCCCUCAAGUUUUCUUUCAACUCGAUGUGGCCAGUCCUCAAUGUGGAUCAGGUGCCUGAUCCCACCGUGCCGCCGCUUCUGUUGCUGCUGGACGAGCGUCCCGGCCGCGCGGCUGAGCUCAAGUACCUGCUUUCUGCGCUCGCCGACGUCGAUGACAUCGAAACAAGCACGCUAGUCAUUGUUGUCGACGGUGACGCUGACCUUGCAGACAUCGCCGACGUUCUCCUCGAGUAUGCCAUCUUUUCACGGACGUACGUCUUCCUCUUCCCGCGGCUCCUCACCGCGCAAGCCUGGCAGCUCGAGAGCGGCCUCGAGGAGCCGGUGACAGCGCUCGCCCUCACCGGCCUCCGUAUUGUCCACGACGUGCUUGGCGCCGAGACCGCCAUCGGUCUCUCACUCUCGCUCCGCCCGCUCCCGUCGUUCCUCCGCCACACGGCGAGGCUGGCGCCGCUGGUAGCAGACGGCACGCUUUUUGCUGCGGACGCUCUCGCCCGUGGCCAGCUGCACGACUGCUCGCUACUCGCUGAUCGCAUUCUGGCGCGUGGCGAGUGCCUCGCCAACGACCCAUCGGCAGUCACCGUCGAGACUUCGGCGGUCUUGGCGUGGACUCUCGCUGCGCAGCCCGCCGACUCGCUCGCUGGACUCGUCUGGGCCGAGCGCCACUAUCGGCUCCUCGCCAGCGCUGCGCUUGCAUCGACAGACGCACUGGCUCUCGGACCGGGUGCGGUCCUUGCUGCCGCAGCCGACGCGCUCGGAAGCGGCAUCGCAGUCGCAGUGCCGUGCGCGGCCCAUGGAACGUGGGCCGAGCCUAGUGCGGCGUGGGAGGCCAAGCUUCCGACUGCCCAUGUCGCCGCACCAGAGCUCAUGCCUGUCGGCGACAUGCCGGCUGCCAUCAAGGCUGCGCUGAAAAAUGUCCGAGGCGCCGAGACAUCGGCAGCGCCAUGGCCGAGGACCUGCACGCGCGACGCCCGGCCGCCAACGGCCGCGCCGCUGCGAGACUACCCACCACAGCCCAGCAAGGAGCCGGCUUCGUCGGCCAAGACUGGCUACGAUCUUGUCGAUGCCGGUUCGGACGACGCCGUCCAUCCCGAGUACUGGCGCGCCGCGCCACCGUUUGUCACUGACGGAGUGGCGAGCGCCAAGCAGUCGGCACAAUGCGGCGGGUGCCGCGGCGAGGCGGGACGGCUUGCUGGCAUUCAGGCCGAAGUUGGCGACAACCCGGCAAAGACCAUGUCGUCAGCGGUUGUCGCCAUAUCGUGGCCAACGCUUGAACCAGCCGCGCCGCCAGAAAUGCUCGAGCCGCCGGCCGACGACGACGAAGCAUUUGUGCCCGGCGUCGGCUGGGAUCUUGCCCACCUUGUCCGCGGGCUCUCUAGCUCCAUGUCCAAGCCUGGCGACGAGUACACACCGCGGUGGAUGGUGGCCGUACCUGACGGGCCGCCGGGAGGUGUGGACGUGGUCAAAGCACUGCUCGCGCCUGAGGAUGGACCGCCAAAGGAGAGCCUCGGUGUAGACAUGCUCAAAGCGGCGUGGAACGCGCAAUGGCCGGUCCUCAACGCCGCUGCUGUGCCGGCGCGAGACCACGCGCCCAUCGGGAUGCGUCUGUUUGCUCGGCUCGACGCGCUGCCGACCUGCCUCGACACGCUUGCUGCCGUUGACGGGCUCGACGAGACCGAGGUCAUCAUUUCGAUCGACGGGACUGAGAACUUGCUCGCGUUCAUUGAGCUGGUGGCAAGCAAAGUGACGCAGACCCGGGUCUACUUUCUCCUGCACGGCUACCUGCCGGACGCUGUCUUACUCGGCGCCGAGUACGCGACGCAGUACGCCGACGGCCCGCCAACUGGCGGCGGCAAGUACGCGCGGGCCAACGUCAACUUCCUCUACCUCUUCCGGGUCAUGUUCGACACGCUCGGCUACAACUACGCCGCCUUUACCGCUGACGACAUGGUCUUUGCGCCGAGCUACUACAAGUACGUUCACGGGCUUGGCCCGCUCACCGCUGCCGAUCCAAACCUGGUUGCCAUCUUCUCCUACCCGCACGGUCUUGCCCACGACUGCAACUACAUCGUGAGCGCCAUGACCAACUCGGGGGAGUGCAAGAUCUCCGACACCGAGACUGUGUUUGUCGAGCCCGAGUACUUUGUCGACUGGGGCAACGGCAUGACCGCGCCCAUCUUCUAUGACGUCUUCCCAGCCAUCAUUACGUCCUUGCUCCCAGAGCCGUACGACGGCACCAUCUACGUCAUGGUCGGCAAGGACCGUUUCGCCAUCGGCCCGUGCUCGCACCGUACCCAGUACAUCACUGGCAUCACCGGCAUUUCCGGCGCCUCCGGUGCUCGCUGGGACACCGGCAUGCCGCUCCUCGCCUCGAUCGCCAACUACUCGACAUUUGGCGAUACCUUUGAGAUCAUAGGCGAACACGCAUCCAAGGUUGCCCACCUCGGCGACGUCGUCCUUGGCGUCUGGCCCAAUGAUGGCUCGCGGGCUGCGCCCUCGUUUGACCCCUGCCUCCCGCCUAGUCCCUGACAUCGCCUCGCCCGAGACGCAUAUGCCCCUGGCUGCCGCUGCAACGCCCCGCCUGCCCUCGCCUCUACUAGCUGGCUCCCUCUGCUUUCAUCACACAUCCCCACCCCAGUGCAGAACACCCCGUAUUCGCCCCGUAAUCGCCUUGUGUCAACAAAUCCG